ACACACUGGGGGAGAUACACUGGGCGCACAAACACACAGGGAGGCGCGCACACACACACUGGGGGGACACACGCUAGGCAUGCACGCGCACAUUAGGGGCUCACACGCACACACUGGGGGAGACACACUGGAACACACACACACAUUAGGGGCACACACACACAUACAUUGGGGGGACACACGCUAGGCAUGCAUGCACACACUAGGGGCUCACACACACACACACAUUAGGGGCACACACACACACACACUGCGGGGACACACGCUAGGCAUGCACACACACAUGGGGGGAGACACACGGGACACACACACACACUGUGGGAGACACACUGGGCACACACACACACACAUUAGGGGUACACACACACUGGGGGGACACACGCUAGGCACGCACACACACGGGGGGGAGACACACUGGGCACACACACAUUAGGGGCACACACACCGGGGGGGACACGCUCGGCACGCAAGCACACAAUAGGGGAGACACACUGGGCACGGGCACACACGCACUGACAGCGACAGCUCGCUUUGUUCGGGGUCUGACUCCGGACUGGACCCGGCUCCCGCAGCCCUGCAGCAGGGGCUGGGUUAAGCAGCCCCGGGAGGAGGGAGCUGCCGGGCCCGGGGCGGAUCGCUCCGCCUGGCCGCCGAGGCCCUGGGCACCACCGGCCUCCUGGGGCUUCCAGCGGGGCGGCAGGAGGAUGGGGAGUGGGGUCCCCCGAACCGCCGGGCCCCUGCUGGCCAUGGUGCUCCUCAGCCUGACCGCCUCUCUGGGCUUGGCGGAUGAAGACUGCUUGUGGUACCGGGACAAGAACGGUUCGUGGCACCCUGGCUUUGACUGCAACUUCUUCACCUUUUGCUGCGGCCACUGUUACCAGCGCUACUGCUGCACCGAGCCCCUGAAGCUCAUCACAGAGUCGCAGCAGAAGCACUGCCUUGCUUUCAGCCCAAAGACCGUCGCUGGCAUUGCCUCAGCCGUCGUCCUCUUUGUGGCCAUCGUUGCCACCGUCCUCUGCUGCUUCCUGUGCUUCUGCUGCUACCUGUACCGGAGACGGCAGCACGUGCGGACACCCCUCCAAGGCCAGGAGAUCCCAUUGUCCAGCUACCCAGCUCAGCCGCCAUGCACCUACCCUGUGGAUCCCAAAGCUGGAGCUGCACCCCCCCAGCCAGGCUAUGCCCCCAUGGCCAUGUAUCCGCCUACUGCCCCAGCUGCACAGUAUCCGAUGUACCCAGCAGGCCUCCCACUGUACAACCCAACAGCACCUCUACCCUAUCUCCCCCCACAGCCCACCUACCCUGGAGCCUGAGGAGACCCCAGAGAGACUGCAGAGUCAGCGCCUUGUGCCCUGGACUGUGAGCUUAUGAGCCCCUGCUGUGGGCUUAUCUGCUGCAUUGUGACUCCUGUGAACCUAGGACACCCCGUGCCUAGUCUCAGACUAGCCAUUGCCAUCUUCUCCCUCAGGAAAGCAGUGCAGCACAUCCCUGCCCUCUCCUGCCUGCUUCACUGAGGGAGUAUGCCGAUUAGGGUCCCCCUGUGGUCUCCUGGGCAUGCCAAAUGGGUCCCCCCAGGGUGUGCUAAAUGGGGUCCCCCUGCAAUCCCCUGGGCAUGAUAAGUGGGUCUUUCCAGGGUGUACUAAAUGGGGUAUCCCCACAGUCACCAGGGCAUGCCAAGUGAGUCCCCCUGCAGUCCCCUGGGCAUGCCAAGUGGGCUACCCCAGGAUGUUCCAAGUGGGGUACCCCAGGAUGUGCCAAGUGGGGUCCCCCUGCAGUCCCUGGGCCAUUUCUGAGGGUCACAGCUCUGUCUCGCCUUAGUGAGGGAGGCUGCGUUCUGAGGGACCAGAAUACACGGCAUGAGCACAAAGGAAGCUCUUGUGCAGCCAGACACUGGCUCCUUUGUGGGGCGAGUUCCCUCUGCUGAAGCCGCCUUUGCGAAGGCUCCACCUGAGCUCGGCGCUCACAGGCACCAGGAUCUCAAUAGCCCAAUUGUGAGGGGGAGCAGAGCACUGUUGCUGUGAUCCUAGUGUGACCAUGGGCCCUUUGUCCGCCUGGCAGAGGCCAGCCCUUCCCAAGGAGCAGGUUAGCCUGCAAAUGAUUGCCAUGGAACCAAGGUCUGGGGGGCUCCUGGGCAGCACCUCCUGUGGCAUGGCGCAAUUUCUCCAAAUCUAGCAUGAGGGCCCUGUCCAUUUGCAGCUGCAGCAGGACAGGUGUGAGCCGCAGGCACAGGGGCAGGGCAGGGUGCCACUUGGCAGGCACCCACAGUCCUGUUGCUCAAUGGUGCCUGGUACAGCUCUUUGCUCCCAGUGGGCUCCCUCCCCAAGGAGAAACCUCACAUUAGGAGCUGCCAUUGCAGCCUGCAUAGGGCUGGGCAUAGCACACUAACAGCGGAUGGCCCCGCACUGCACUUGGGUAUCCAGGACAAGUUGCCAAGCCCAGUAGGGCUCCUCUCAUGGCCCCUGGAUGGCAGGAGGCUCCUGUUUCCAUCCGGCCUCUGGCCAGAAUCACGCAGCUCAGCCCCACAAAGCAAGUGCAACUAUUGCUCUCACAGGUGAGCUGCAGCCCCCAUGCUAUCGCAUCCUCUGUUCAUUGGCCAAGGGGGCCACCCCUAGCAGCAUGCUUCCCACAGGGAGCAGUGGCAAGGUUAGGAGCUCAGUGAGUCCAGGUGGCUGGGGAGCUUACACUCAAGCUUCACAGGAGUCCCCCAGAGCUGAAGUGGGAAUUUCCCCGGAGAAACACCAUCUCCCCACCGCUGAUCAGCGGUGCCCUUCCUGACCCUCAGACUAGAGAUGCCCCCCACCCCCAUGCACACAGCAGGGCAGAGGGAAACUCUCCGCCUCCUCCCCAGGAGGCCGGGUUGGCUUCCCAGCCUGUCUCUUCCUCUCCUGCUUUCCCUGCUCCUCUACAAGUGGCUAAACCUGUGACUGACCCUUCCCCAGGCGCAUUGGGGUCCCUGGAAAUGGGUAACAGAGAUCAGUUCUCACCUUGUCUGUAGUCCUAGGGCACUGACUCUGGGGUCCCUGCCCAGCUGGCCAGGGUCAUUGGGGGUCAUUGGUCCUCCCAGUUCACUUCAGUACAGUAUUUGAGGCUUUUUACUGCCCUUUCCCUGGGGGAGACAUGAGGGGCCCUAGGACAGUUGGGCAGCCUGGGGCCAUGGCUAGGUCACUGGGAAGCUAGGUGCGCAGGAUUUGAUCACUGGUCCGGCCUGUCCUGCAUUAGCUCCUGCUCUGCUAAGUCAGACCUGCUGGCCCCUCUGGCCUGUGCCCUGCCACCUCAGACCCAGCCUAUCUAGGCUGCUGGCUCACCUCUGUCAACAGCUGAUACUUGGUGCGUCAGAGGAAAGCCCCCUAGCCAAUUGUGCGGUGCUGCCCUGGGGAUUUCCCCUCCCUGACCCCUGAUUUUGCUUUUCCCCAAGAAGCAGGAGUAAGGCUUGGAGGCACGAGGUGAGCUGCCUCAUCACCCUAUGUGUGGUGGCCCCCAGCUCCAGGCCUGCACCCCCUCCUGCUGCGCUGUCAUAGCUGGAAUGACAAGUGUGUGCACGAAAAUCCUGAUUAAACCUGUGCGUAGGUAAACGCCUUCUGUGUUCUGGGACUUAAAGGGUGCAGAGUGAGGCCUGGCCGGGGCAGGGACCAUAUUCAGCCUGGCUUUGGGUGCCAUCAAACAUCCCAGGCACUGAGCAAGGAGCAGGGACAGACCCUUGGCCUUCAGGGCCCUCUGGCUGAGGGGAAGAGGCUGCACUAUGGGGUGUGACCACAGCUUAGCUGGAAGUGUGAGUUUCCUUUACAUAGUCCCUGACAACAAGCCCCCAGGGGGACACAGUCGGUGUCUCUUCCCUCAGCUGCUCAGGAGGCAAAUCCCAGUGUGAGCAUCCCAAGCAGGCAGAAUGCUCCUACACCUGCCUCCCUGUGCACCCCAGCCCAGGGCGUCACCUCAGCGGGGCUAGGCAUGGUACAUCAGGGAGUCACCUCUCCUUGGCUCCCCUGUGGUGUGAGUGUGUGGGAGUGCCAUCAGGUUCUGGCAGAGUCAGCCAAGCUCCUGUCCUGCUGUCUCUGGGCCUCCAAGCUGGGCAGGAAAGCCCUCUUUCCUCCUCCCGUAGCAAUGGGGUUGAUUCAAACAUUUGAGGUUAGUCGUCUCAGGGAGCCCAUUGUCUUGUUAACACAGUUACCUUGGGGGCACAGCAGGACCCCACUGAUGGGAGACAACAUGGUGUGGACAGGACACCACAGCACACUAGGGUUCUAUUUCCAGCUCUGCCAUUGCCUUGUUGUAUGACCUUGAGCAAAUCUCUAUGCCUCUGUUUCCCCAUCCCCGUUUGUCUUGUCUGUUGAGAUUGUAAGCUCUUUGGGGCAGGCCCUGCCUCUCACUAUAAGAACAUAAGAAAGGCCAUACUGGGUCAGACCAAAGGUCCAUCUAGUCCAGUAUCCUGUCUUCCAACAGUGGCCAAUGCCAGGUGCCCCAGAGGAAAUGAACAGAACAGGCAACCAUCAAGUGAGCCAUCCCAUCGCCCAUUCCCAGCUUCUGGCAAACUGAGGCUAGAGACACCAUCCCUGCCCAGCCUGGCUCAUAGCCAUCGAUGGACCGAUCCUCCAGGAACUGUGAACCAUGUGUCUGUGCAGCACCUGGCACUCUCCAGGGCUCCAGGGGCUACUGACAUAACCUAGUAGCCACUUCUGUGAAAGCAAAAAAACCACUUUGUGCUGAAUUUGGCAGAUGUGUGUGGGGCUGAUACCUGUCUGCCAUGUGCCCCCCAUGUCUCACACGCUCCCAGGCGCCAGAGGCAGCAGCAUCGAGCUGGCUGGGUGCGUGUGUCUGGGCAACUACCCUCUGGGGAAUGGGCUCACAUCUGCAUCGCUGCCCCCUGCUGGGACAGGACCGACUUGCUCAACAUGCAUCGCCACAAGCUGACCCCCUACAGUUGGAUGAAAUGUAGGCCAGCAGUGAUGGCAUGUUUUCUGACCUCCUGCAUAAUGUGGACCACCGAAUUUCACCCAGGAACUCCUGCAGUGAGACUCUGUCUUGUGGAAGAGCUAGCAGCGGUUCCUCAACUGCACUGAUUCUUAAAGAUUGUUGUGAAGUGAAUGGAUGCCACAUGGAGUUCACAUCCCAGUUAGGGAGUCACUGAGCUAGAGCAGUUCUGUUAGACCAGUGCUUCUCCAACUUUUCUGCUGGUGACCCCUUUCACGUACAAGCCUCCGAGUGCGACCCCCCUUAUAAAUUAAAUAUACUUUUAAAAUAUAUUUAGCACCAUUAUAAAUGCUGGAGGCAAAGCGGGGUUUGGGGUAGAGGCUGACAGCUCACAACCCCCCAUGUAAUAACCUUGCAACCCCCGGAGGGGUCCCAACCCCCAGUUUGAGAAUCCCUGUGUUAGAAAGACACCCACACCCAGGUGAGGAGAAUCCACUACAGCACUAGGUGAGUUGUUCCAAAGACUAAUUGCUCUCACUGUUAAUACGUGUGCCGCCUUUCCAGCUUCACCUUCCAGCCACUGGCUCUUGGGGCUUUGUGUGCUGGGUUGACCAGCGCUCCAGUGUCAGAAAUCUCCCCAUGCUGGCACUUACAGAAAGCAAUCAAGUCACCUCUUAAACUUCUCUUCAAUAAACUAAAUAGAUCGA